AUGCGGUGGGAAUUCAUCACCAACCUUUGUUUUUCGCUCUCGGCUGUGAGAUUUGCGGUAGCGUCCCCCCCCGCCCACCGUGGCAAGGCGCCCCUGAAGCCGCGCCUUCUGGUGUUGACCGACAUCAGCCCUCCCACACAUGAGCCCGAUGACUUGGAGUCUCUCGUUCAUCUCCUGGCUAGCGUCGACUUGUUCGAGAUUGAGGGAAUCAUCUCUACCAGCGGCGCCAGCUACAACGGUUCCGAACCUCUUGCCACAAACCUCGUCUUCAAGGCUAUCGACGCGUACGAGAAGGAUCUGCCCAACCUAUCGAAGCGUAGCAAGCAGACCCGGUUUCUCCGCGACGAAACGGUGCAAACUAGCGGCUACUGGCCUAGUCCUCAGUAUCUCCGGAGCGUCACCAGAGAGGGUAUGCAGACCCGUGGCAAUGCUUCCAUUGGACUAGGCAAGGGCAACGCUGGCACUCAGCAUAUUGUCGACGUCGCGGAUCAGCCCGACCCGCGUCCGGUGUUCGUCACCAUUUGGGGUGGCGCAAACAGUCUUGCCCAAGCCUUUUUGGAAGUGAAGCAUAAUCGAUCCGCCAAAGAAGUCGACGCCUUUGUUAGCAAAUUCCGAAUUCACUCCAUCAUCGAUCAGGACAAAGACCGUUACGACCCUUAUACCAAGAGCUCCGCGUUCUGGCUACGUCAGACUUUCAAACACUUGUUCUACAUCUGGAACGAGCGCGCUUGGUCUUAUUACUCCAAUUCAAACCGCGACGUGUACUGGCCGCGUAUUCAAAGGGGGGUGCAAAAGCAUGGCGCUCUGGGCAAGCUGUAUCCCAAUUUCCGCUAUGGUGUCGAGGGAGACACGCCCAGCUUCACCUACCUCUGGCCAGGGCUGAACGACCCUCAAGAUCCAACUCAAGCGAGCUUCGGAGGUCAAUUCGCCUACAACUUGUCUCCGGACAAUGUGACCUGUGUAUACUCGGAUAACGAAGAGGCGGUCGCCAACAGGAGUGUCGCGUCCAUGGCCGACACCAUGGAGGACCAGCUCAACAAUUUCUUCUCGCGCAUGGACUGGGCCACUCAUGGGUCUGGUAACCGAAAUCCCAAUCUCGUGCUUAACAGGGUUGGUAGCUAUGACCCGGUUGUGGUCAAGGCCAGGGUAAACAGGGGUCGAGUCAGCCUCAGCGCCCAAGGCUCGAGCGACCCGGACGGCAACAAGAUCACGUAUAGCUGGCACCAUGACGCAGGAACAGGCUACACGAAGCCGGUCAAGCUCCACGGUAACAAGUCCAAGACUGUCUCAGUUGAGAUACCUCCUUGUGCGGCUGGACAGGACAUUCACAUCAUCUUGCGGGGAGUUGACAACGGCACACCGCCGCUAGCAUCGUACCGUCGAGCCAUUAUUCGUGUCAAACAUUGA